AUGGGCACGCCACCGCCAGUUCUAGCCACUUUAAGAAAUCCUCAAUACCAUAGGUCAGAGAGUGAUAUUAUAAUGAUAGAUGGAAACCAGUCCCAGAAAUAUAUCCUUCUCAAUUCAUCUCCUAGUAUUAACGACAAUAAUAGGUCCUUGGGCCAACGACGAGUGACCAUUUUCACCGAGUGGCUCGCUAUGCCACAACACAGACGCCUCGAUCAGAACAGCGAGAAGCAAACUGGUUCAAGAGCGUCGACGGCACGACCAAAAUCCCAGUACGAGUUUUUAAUGAUUUUGGAGAAACGAGUACGCUCAUACAAGCUCCACAAACAGCCCACUAAAUCAAGUCCAGCGCUUCGCAAUAAAGCCACAGGUUCGGGCCAUCAAAUUGAAAAUGUGCAACUCCCUAUAAACCAAGCAGUGGCGGGCCAAGUCUCUUUCCACCUUGCCCUCGUCCGCAACCGCACUUUUAUGCUCUCUACAGCUUCUACUGGAGAUCAGGAUUCUGCUCUCGAUAAGAAGCAUGGUCGAAAAUCUGGCAUGCCAUGGAACCAACUAAGCAUCCUGCUGUUGCUGCUCCUCGCUGAACCAGUCUCUGCAACGACGAUUUACCCGUUCAUUGCACAAACACUCUCUCACGCCUCACAGCUUGUAGUCGAUUUCAAAAUCACGACGGGCGAAAAGUCGAAUAUUGGUUACUAUGUUGGGCUAGUCGUACGUGAUAUUGCCCAUCACGGCAUUCCUCCUAUUAACCAUCGGCACAGGAAUCGCUCUUCUUCUUGA